CACAACAAAGUAUAUUCCUAAUGGUAUGUUUAGACCAUUUCCUAAGUGUAAGAAGAAAAACAGCUUACCAAGACAACAAGGAUAUACCGGACCAAAGGGCAAUGAUGGGCGCACUUUGGUUGGCCCUGGCUCGAAUGGACAAGUUGACCAGUCUUAUCUUACAAAACAUAGCCUUGAAACAAGCGAUAUAAGAAAAUAUCCUUUGGCAUUAAUCAACAUUUUGAGUCGAUUGGCAGAGGACCGUCUCUGGGCGAAUGAUUUGCCUAUGGCAGAAGCGGUUCUUAAUUUCAUUUUCACCUUGACACAAGGCAGGGACGAUGCUGUUGAGCUUAGAAAAUUUGCAAAACGCAGGUUGGCUUUCCUGAACAAACCAGGUUUUGACCGAUUUGGAAGGAAUAAACUUUUUGCUCCAUUGUUGAAAUGGGAGGCUUUUAGAAAUUACGUUGCAAAUAUUCGAGAUUACUGCAGAGAUUAUGAAAUUGCUUAUAAUACACUUCAAGCAUCAAUUGAGAGAGAUGAAAAUACAAAUGAAAUUGUGCAAGCACGUCAGACAGCUGAAAUUCAAGUUACCAAAGAAAAAGAAAGACUCGAAGAGGCCAGGAGAGUUGCACUCACUGAGAAGGAGGCUUAUGUUCCGGCCAUUAAACAUCUUGAAUCAACCAUGGACGGCUAUUUGGCACAAGCAAAUCAGCUCCUGACCCAGUUAAAUGAUCAAGCACAAUUCACCCAGGAAGACAUGUUUGCAUUACUUCAAGGCGUUACUGGGUUUGUCGGUGCUGUCGCAGGAAAGGAUCCAUUCGGAGCUCUUGGUGCUGCUAUUGAAACAGCUGAACACUUUGCUACACAGUGCGACGCCGGAACCUUACAGGACAAUCUGGGUCAUCUUACAAAAUGGCUUACUUUUGGCCAGGAAUACCAGAAGCUGGAGGAUUCUAGUGAUCUUGAUUUUGACCAAAUGGACGUUGGAUCAGUGCCAGAAAUGAUGCAGGCUAACCUGGAAAUGAAUAAGGAGGGCCUCAUAGCAGAUCUCGUAUGCCUAUUAGAAGAGAGCCUGCCACCAAGCGAAGUUGCAAAGUUUAAAGAGCAGGUCGAGCGGUUCUUUAUUGCAGGAGCUGCAAGGAUCGACCUGAUUGCAAAGGUCAUCGAUUUAGACAAUGAGAUUGGUGGAUACAACUUUGACAUACCAAAUUUGGAAGAGACGGCAAGUGAGCUUGAGAUGCUACGAAACGUUGGAGAUUCUCCUCUGGAAGAUCGCGUCCAGCAGAUGUUUCUUGACAAUCUCUUGACGUCUUAUCAGAAGAUGGAAGCCAGUUUCUCAAAGAACCUGUACUUGUUUUACAAAAGUUUCGAGUUCCGUUCACUAUGGGAUGAAACUCAAAGGCUGGCUUCUUUUGAGCGGACUGCGAGCGAAGCAGCUGCUGGUAAUGGACAGCUACAAGGAGUUGUACAUCUAAAUAAUGCUCUCCAGGAAUUAGAUGACCUCGAUAGCAAAGGAAGGCAGUGUUUCACCAGAUUUGUUUUUACUGAUAACGUUCAUAAGUGGCAAUUUGAUAGCAUUAAUAACCCUGCAUGGUGA